AUGUCAGAUUCCAACACAACUGACUUCACCAACCCCUCCACCUUCAUCCUACUUGGCAUUCCUGGCCUGGAGGCAGCCCAUAUUUGGAUCUCCAUUCCCUUCUGUGCUAUGUACGCCAUAGCCGUGUUGGGGAACUUCACCAUCCUCUUCAUCGUGAAGACGGAGCCAAGCCUCCAUGGGCCCAUGUACUAUUUCCUCUGCAUGCUGGCCAUCACCGACCUGGUCAUGUCCACAUCCACCCUUCCCAAAAUGCUGAGCAUCUUCUGGUUCAAUUCCAGGGAGAUCAGUUUCAGUGCCUGCCUCACCCAGAUGUACUUCGUUCAUUCAUUCUCAACGAUGGAGUCUGGAAUCCUCGUGGCCAUGGCUUUUGACCGCUACGUUGCCAUCUGCAAUCCUCUGCGAUAUUCCACCACCCUGACAAACUCUGCUGUGGCCAAGAUAGGCCUGGCUGUGCUGCUGCGUAGUGUCAUACUCACAUUACCCUAUCCCUUCCUGGUCAGGCGGUGGCCAUAUUGCAGAACCAACGUCAUCCCCCACUUCUAUUGUGGGCAUAUAGCUGUGGUGAAGCUGGCCUGUGCUGACAUCCGCAUCAAUAACAUCCAUGUCAGUAGUUACUACAACCUCUCUGUGACAUUCUUGGUGACCGCUCUGGAUGUGUUUUUUAUCACCGUGUCCUAUAUCCAGAUCCUAAGGGCCAUCUUCAGCCUCCCCACAAAGGAAGCCCGGCUCAAAACUUUUGGGACCUGCAGCUCCCACCUCUGUACCAUCAUAGCCUUUUACAUCCCAGCUCUUUUCUCCUCCCUCACACACCGGUUUGGCCACAAUGUGCCUCUGCAUUUCCACGUUCUCAUGGCCAACGUGUACCUCCUGGUGCCCCCCAUGCUACAUCCCAUCAUCUACGGAGUGAGGACCAAACAGAUCUGGGACAGGCUGCUCCGGCUCUUUACUUAUAUGGAAACUAAAGUUUUUUCCUGGUUCUUUGGCUCCCAGACCGAGCUCUGUGCAGAACUGACUGGUGACAUAGUGCUGGGCCCUCUACUCUGA